AUGGUUGGAGACACGCAGCCCUUGAUUGCGUGGGAAAGUCUGCCCGCGGUGGCGCAGACUGCACUAGACAGUACCGACUUUGGCGAUGUGAAUGUGCCAUUUAAGGUCGCGAAGUUUGGAGUCAAACCUCGCCAAGGCAACAUUCUGACUUGA